GCGAACUCCCCCAGGCCCUGGCGCGCCGAUCUCGCGGCAACCUGAGCGUCGCUUUCCCGCCAGGACGAAGCUGAAGCGGUUUUAGGUUUCCCUUCGUAGAUUCUCUCAGGCUUUUUUUCCUUGUGCUGGUGCCCCUUUUUACCGCCGUCCUCCCACCAUGCAGCGUGAACCUCCGAAGGGGAGGCAGGGGAAGAAGUCGGAAAAGCGGCUCUUUGACCCCGUGUCCUUCGGGAAGGACCUACUGGCCGGCGGGGUCGCAGCGGCUGUGUCCAAGACAGCCGUGGCGCCCAUCGAGCGGGUGAAGCUGCUGCUGCAGGUGCAGGCGUCGUCCCGACAGAUCAGCGCCGAGUCUCAGUACAAAGGCAUGGUGGAUUGCCUGGUGCGGAUUCCCCGCGAGCAGGGUUUCUUCAGUUACUGGCGUGGCAAUUUGGCAAAUGUUAUCCGGUAUUUUCCAACACAAGCUCUAAACUUUGCUUUUAAGGACAAAUACAAACAACUUUUCAUGUCUGGAGUUAAUAAAGAAAAACAGUUCUGGAGGUGGUUUUUGGCAAACCUGGCCUCUGGUGGAGCUGCUGGAGCAACAUCCUUAUGUGUAGUUUAUCCAUUAGACUUUGCCCGAACCCGAUUAGGUGCUGAUAUUGGAAAAGGUCCUGAAGAGCGGCAAUUCAAGGGUUUAGGUGACUGUAUUAUAAAAAUAGCAAAAUCGGAUGGAAUUGUUGGUUUGUACCAAGGGUUUGGUGUUUCAGUUCAGGGCAUCAUUGUGUACCGAGCCUCCUAUUUUGGAGCAUAUGACACCGUUAAGGGCUUAUUACCAAAACCAAAGGAAACCCCGUUUCUUGUCUCCUUUUUCAUUGCUCAAGUUGUGACCACAUGCUCUGGAAUUCUCUCUUAUCCCUUUGACACAGUUAGAAGACGCAUGAUGAUGCAGAGUGGUGAGGCUGAACGGCAAUAUAAAGGAACUUUAGACUGCUUUGUGAAGAUAUACCAACAUGAAGGAAUCAAUGCAUUUUUUCGUGGUGCCUUCUCCAAUAUCCUUCGUGGUACAGGGGGUGCUUUGGUGUUAGUACUAUAUGAUAAAAUUAAAGAACUCCUUAAUAUAGAUAUUGGAGGUAGUUCAUCAGGAGAUUAAAUUAAGAAAUGCAUAUAUUUAAGUUGUUAAACAUACAAAUUAUAUAGCUGCCAUUUGUAUACAAUUUGAUAGUGUGUUAUUACUGUCAGUAUUUUUUAGAGUACUAAUUCUACAAUAAAGCAUAUGCUUUUUCAAGGGUUUUAAAUACUAAAAAUCAGAUCAAUGUGGGUUUCCUUCCUACUUACUUAGACUCAAACUCAAUGUGACAUUUUACUUAUAAGUAGUAUGUUAUUUCAGUGUUUAAAAUCCUUUUCUUUUAUGAUGAAAAAUUAAAAAGUGUAAUGCUAAAAUCUAAGAUAUGCAAUUUAUUCUUUUUAAAUGCUAUUCUCUUAAUAUAACUGUCUUCCCAUUUAAAAUCAUAUGAUAUAUUAAAUAUUUAUUAAAAGCUUCUCAGGAGAUGUCAUCAUAUUUAUGGGUAUAAGUAAACUUCUACAACAUCUCUAUUAAGACAGCUCAGGUAUUGUGUAUAUUUAUGUUAUCAUAUAGCUGUUAUAAGUACACUUUCUAGAUCUGAUCAUAAAAAAUUGAUGACUUUAUGACUCUAUAAACAUGUAGUUGUAAAAGAAAAGAUAUAAAAUGGCAUGUCUGCUUUUGUCUUUAAGUAAAAUCUGGCUAAUGUGAAUAUAUCUUGGAACAAAAUAUAUACUCUUGAAAAUUAGUUUGUGUACUCUGUAUUGAUAAUAAAGAAAGUUUAAAACUGUUA